AGUAAAAGCAGAAAUGCCAGAAAAUUAGAAAUGCUGAAGAGAAAGCCAAGCAAAGUAGGAUAGAUCGAAGACCGCAGAACUCGACCCUCCGCAAACGCAUCGUCGCCACCUCAGCCGCCGCUCUCGUCCAGCAACUCGACAGCCACGCCAAAGAUUCAUCCGUUCCCCUCCGUAUCGGCCUCUCCUCUCAAGAAACAAACAAAACUAACCUAUACGUCAUAUACAACCCUAUAAAUUGUUACCAUCUCUUUCUUCUUCUUUUGGGAUUUUUGAGGAAUCCAAUCGGCUGAUUCAUGGAGGUCGAGGUUAAACUUCGGCUUCCAGACGCGGGGGCCCACCGCCGCGUUACCAAUGUUUUGGCCCCGUUCCACGUCAAGACUCACCGCCAGGAGAACCACUUCUUCGACGGCUCCGCCGCUGAGCUCUCGGCUCUCAGAGCCGUCCUCCGGCUCAGAUUCUCCGACAAGGACCCCCGCUGCGUCGUCACUCUCAAAGCCAAAGCCGUCCUAGUCGACGGCGUGAGCCGCGUGGAGGAGGACGAGGAGGACCUGGACCCGUCUAUCGGGCGCGAUUGCGCGGCCGAGCCGGCGAAGCUGAGCGCCGUGGAGUCUAGGGUUGUGAGGAGGGCGAGGGAGGAGUUUGGGGCGUUGGGGUUUGUGGGGCUGGGAGGGUUUGGGAAUGUGAGGCUAGUGUACGAGUGGAAGGGACUGAAAUUGGAGGUGGACGAGACCGAUUUUGGGUUUGGGACUCUGUAUGAGAUUGAGUGUGAGAGUGACAAUCCCGAGGACGCCAAGAAAUUACUCGAGGAGUUUCUCAAGGACCAUGGGAUCGACUAUUCGUACUCGGAGAAGUCCAAAUUCGCGAUUUUUCGGUCCGGGAAGCUGCCAUAAAUUGCUUAGCUGUAGUUUCAGAGCUCACAAUGUAAUCCAUACUUGCUGGCCGUCAGAGCUCAUCAAGAGUUAGGUAGCAAUAACAAUCAGCGAUUUCAAGUGCUUUAGUCACGGCGUUGCUUGUCAAACAUCAUUUUUCACCUCCUUGUAUGCAUUUCUCUAUUGUGAUCAAGGAUAGGCUCUUGGCUAUGUAAUCAUCACUUACCAUACAUUUUCCUUCGGCAGAUAAAGGGCAUCUAAUCCUUGGAUCAAGAUCACUAUUCUCAUACCACCAAUGUAUUAGCACCUGGAUCUUAGUACUAUCUAUGAUUAGAUUGCCUACAUUUAGAGUUUCUAUCGUAAUGAAUGCACUAAUUUUAUUCCAACUAUGCAUUGCCAUGCAUCUGUGGUACGUAGUUGAAAUGGUAAUGAGAAGAUUGUGGUGUGUUUUUGUACACAUUUAUUUCCUAAUGGAAGAGAGAAGUCUACUAGACCCGGCAUUAAUUUACUCAUUCUGAGCGAGGUCAGUUAAUUAUACUGUGGUUCUGUCAAAAUAAUAUUGGUUGUUGAAACUUACAUUCCAUGAUAAGUUUUGCUACUCGAGAAAGUUGAAUCUUCA